UGUUUUUUGAAUUUAGAAAAAAAAAAAAGCAUUACAUUUUCAAAGAGACUAAAAUGAAUUCUCCCUUAUUUACCUUGGUUUCCCCCCUCGUCUCCUCCAGUCUUGUUUGCUCAAACCCGAGCAGUCUACUUUUCAUGUUUCCAGAAUGAUGCAGCGGGCUCCCACUCCGGGCCCGGCCACGCAGUCCUUCUCCGAUAUGGAACAACUCAACAACCCUCCGCCGCCGCAGCAACAGCGACCUUCUUCUUCAUCCUCUUCCCGUGCCCACCAUUUCCACCCGGCCCGGCCCGCCAUACUCGACCUAUUCAAUCUCUACUUAGGCAGUUCGCGGCAGAAGUCAGAUGAACCAGUCAGAGAACCGCCGAACAAGGCACAGAAGCGAGUUACCGCUAUUAACAGGGAGCUUCCUCCUCCUAAUGAACAGUUCCUUUUCGACUUUGAGCGGAUACAGAGCCAGUUUCCAGAACAGGAGCAACUACGUGCUGUUACAGAAUCUGUCCUAAUAUCUCUGGUUAUCCAAUGCUGUAGUCAUGCUCCAAGGGCAGAGUUCUUGCUCUUUGCUUUGCGCAGUUUGUGCAGUAUAGGAUGCAUAAAUUGGGAUGCUUUCUUGCCAUCUCUUCUCUCUUCAGUUUCUUCUGCAGAGACACCUGUCAGUCAAACAGUGGCCGCUGUUGCUUCCGGAAAUUCAUCACACUCGGGGGCCCCGCCCCCUUCGAACACAGUUCCCAAUUCCACUAAUUUCCAUUCGUCAAAUCCUGCAUCUCCUCUGCCUUCAAUGCAAGGCGUCGGAUCCCCUGCACAGUCAGCAGCCGAGCCAUCGUCCACACUAUCUCCCAUGAAGUCAAACGAUGCCAACGGUCAACAGUCAACAAGGGCCAGAACAUCCGUCAGAGAAAACGCUAUCAGCAGUCUACGCCAGCUGUCAUGCAAGAUAAUUUUGGUCGGCCUCGACUCUAACCUAAUGCCGGUCACACUUGCCGAUAUCUUUAACCACAUGAUGAAUUGGCUCGUUAAUUGGGAUCAGAAACAGCAAGGGCCUGACGAAUUUGACAGUGCGAAAACGUGGAGGCCCGACAAUGCCCUAAUGGAAUGGCUGCACAACUGUUUAGAUGUUGUUUGGGUGCUGGUUGAAGAUAAUAAGUGCCGUGUGCCGUUUUAUGAACUAAUACGUAGUGGCUUGCAGUUUAUUGAAAAUAUACCGGAUGACGAGGCGCUGUUUACACUUAUUUUGGAGAUUCAUAGGAGGAGGGAUAUGAUGGCAACCCACAUGCAAAUGUUGGAUCAGCAUCUUCACUGCCCGACGUUUGGAACUCCUCGACUUUUGCCUCAGGCCACGACCAAUAUAUCUGGCGAAACAGUGACUAACAUGAGAUAUUCACCCAUAACAUAUCCGAGUGUGCUUGGAGAACCUUUGCAUGGAGAGGAAAUUGCAUCAUCCAUUCAGAGAGGAAGUCUUGACUGGGAGCGAGCUCUGCGAUUCUUGAGGCAUGCUUUCCGCAACACUCCAUCCCCUGAUUGGUGGAGACGUGUGUUACUCUUGGCUCCAUUGCAUAGGCUUCCUGCACAAGGACCUACUCUCGGAGCUGUUUUUACCUCAGAAAUGAUUAGCGAGGCAACAAUCGAUCGUAUAGUGGAAUUACUGAAAUUAACAAAUUCAGAGGCAAAUUGCUGGCAGGAGUGGCUUGUCUUUUCAGAUGUAUUCUUUUUCCUCAUGAAACAUGGAUGCAUUGAUUUUGUUGAUUUUAUCGGCAAGCUCGUUUCUCGACUUCAAGAUAAUGAUCAACAUAUUCUUAAGACGAACCAUGUUACGUGGUUGCUUGCUCAGAUUAUCCGCGUUGAGCUUGUAAUGAAUGCUCUAAACACAAAUGUGGAAGCAACACGAAAAAUUCUUUCGUUCCAUAAAGAAGACAGAAGUACUGACCCUAAUAACCCUCAAAGUAUCUUGCUGGACUUCAUUAGCAGUUGUCAGAAUUUGCGUAUUUGGUCACUAAAUACAUCAACCAGAGAAUAUUUGAACAACGAGCAGCUUCAAAAGGGAAAACAAAUAGAUGAAUGGUGGAGGCAAGUUAGCAAAGGGGAACGCAUAAUGGACUAUAUGAAUAUGGAUGAAAGGUCAAUUGGGAUGUUUUGGGUUGUCUCGUAUACUAUGGCUCAGCCUGCUUGCGAAACAGUCAUGAACUGGUUAACUUCUGCUGGAGCAACAGAAAUAUUGCCAGGACCAAAUAUACAGUCGAACGAGAGAUUGAUGGUUAUGCAGGAAGUUAGCCCAUUACCAGUUUCAUUGAUUUCUGGGUUUUCGAUUAAUUUAUGCUUGAAACUGGCACAUCAAAUGGAAGAGUCCAUUUUUUCUGGACAGGUUCUGCCUAGCAUUGCAAUGGUUGAAACUUAUGUUCGAGUGCUGCUCAUUGCUCCUCAUUCACUAUUUCGUUCACUCAUGACGUUACUGACCCAGAGGAACCAAAACCCUUUGAGCAGACCUGCUGCUUCGCUUUUGGUCUUUGAAAUUCUGAACUAUCGUUUGCUUUUACUCUACAGGUACCAAGGCAAGCACAAAGGCUUAAUUCAUGACGUCACCAAAAUAAUUGCUACACUGAAGGGAAAACGUGGGGACCAUCGUGCUUUUAGACUGGCAGAAAAUUUAUGCUUGAAUCUAAUAUUAUCUAUGAGGGAAUUUUUUUAUGUAAAGAGGGACGGAAAGGGUCCAACUGAAUUUACGGAAACUUUGAAUCGGACAACAGUAACUAAUCUUGCCAUCAUUAUCAAAACUCGUGGGGUUGCAGAGGUUGAACACCUUUUGUACCUCCAAACGAUGUUGGAACAGAUACUUGCCACCAGUCAACAUGCAUGGUCAGAGAAGACCCUCCGCUAUUUUCCUUCUAUUUUACGCGAUGCCUUGGCUGGCCGGAUUGAUAAAAGGGGCUUGGCCAUUCAAGCAUGGCAGCAGGCAGAAACAACUGUGAUUAAUCAAUGUACCCAGCUUCUUUCUGCAUCUGCUGAUCCAACGUAUGUUGUUACGUACGUUAAUCACAGUUUUCCUCAGCACCGGCAAUAUCUUUGUGCUGGUGUAUGGGUACUUAUGUACAGCCAUCCCGAGAGCAUUAACAGUUUGCAUCUUGGUCGUGUCCUGAAUGAAUUUUCGCCUGAAGAAGUUACUGCCAAUAUAUACACAAUGGUGGAUGUCCUAUUGCAUCACUUGAAUGUAGAACUGCAGCGUGGACGUUCCUUACAGGAACUUGUGCUAAAAGUAUGUGCCAACCUUGCCUUCUUCAUUUGGACGCAUGAGCUAUUGCCUUUAGACAUUUUACUAUUAGCACUUAUUGACCGUGAUGACGAUCCCAAUGCUUUGCGAAUAGUGAUAAAUAUACUUGACAGUAAAGAGCUCCAACAAAGAGUCAAACUGUAUCUUAUGAAUCGUGGCCCACCUGAGCAUUGGCUUUUCUCCGGAACUUUCAAGCGUACUGAAUUGCAUAAGGCCCUUGGAAAUCAUCUUUCGUGGAAGGACAGGUAUCCAACAUUUUUUGAUGAUAUUGCAGCAAGAUUGCUCCCAGUGAUUCCCCUAAUCAUCUAUAGGCUAAUCGAAAACGACGCAAUCGAUGCUGCCGACAGAGUUCUUCAAGUUUAUUCAACAUUCCUUCAUUACUAUCCUUUGAAUUUUACAUUUGUGCGGGACAUACUCGCCUAUUUCUAUGGUCAUCUUCCAGGGAAACUUAUUCUUCGCAUAUUGAAUGUAUUAGACGUGAAAAAGAUCCCAUUUUCCGAGUCCUUCCCUCAGCAUAUAAAUUCAUCUAAUGCCUCCAUUUGCCCUCCAUUGGACUACUUUGCAACUCUUCUACUUGGUCUGGUGAAUCAUGUGAUUCCACCUCUGAAUAACUCAAAAAACGGACAAGCGGGAGAAACCUUAAACUGUCCUGUCCGACCGCCGCCACAUAACAAGGCUCAAGGUGAAGGUCAGAAACCAUUCUACCAAAUUCAAGAUCCCGGCACAAACACACAGCUGAUUCUUGAAACAGCUGUCAUAGAACUCCUCUCUCUUCCAGUAACCGCUACCCAGAUUGUGUCGUCACUCGUUCAAAUUGUCGUUCACAUACAACCGACUUUAGUUCAGUCAAGCAGUGGAUUGCAUCCCACUACAGUUGGCCAAAGCUCUGUGCUGCCAACUUCUCCAUCUGGGGGUAGCACCGAUUCAUUGGGUGGUGCAGCAAAUAGGGCUCCAAGUUCAGGGUCGGGAUUGAGUAACUCUAACUUUGUUUGGCGGAGCGGUUACACAUGUCAGCAGUUAUCCUGUUUGUUGAUCCAAGGUUGUGGUCUGCUUUUAGCUCAGCUGCCUCAGGAGUUUCACGUUCAGCUGUAUAUAGAGGCGGCACGUGUAAUAAAAGAGAGUUGGUGGCUUACCGAUGGGAAAAGAUCUGUCGGUGAGCUGGAAUCUGCUGUGUGCUACGCUUUGCUGGACCCCACAUGGGCUGCCCAGGACAAUACCUCUACUGCCAUAGGAAAUGUUGUGGCAUUGCUACAUGCUUUCUUCAGUAACCUUCCGGUGGAGUGGCUAGAGGGAACACAUGUCAUUAUUAAGCAUCUCAGACCGGUGACCUCAAUAGCUGGAUUGAGAAUAGCCUUCCGUAUUAUGGGUCCUUUGCUUCCCCGAUUGGCCAAUGCUCACACCCUCUUCAGUAAGAUACUAUCGGUGCUUCUAAAUGUCAUAAGUGAUGUCUUUGGGAGGAAUUCACAGCCAUCGGCACCUAUUGAAGCAUCAGAGAUAGCCGAUAUCAUAGAUUAUUUGCAUCAUAUUGUCCAUUACGAAGGACAAGGCGGACCUGUUCAAGCAAGCAGCAAACCGAGAGCCGAAGUCCUUGUUCUUAUUGGAAGAGCAAUUGAAAACCUACGUCCGGAUGUACAACAUCUUCUCAGGCACCUAACAGCUGACGUGAACUAUUCGAUAUAUGCAGCCACUCAUCCAAAAUUGGUCCAGAACACUAAUUAACUUGAUCAUAUCCAACUCUACCAUAUGACACUUGCUUUAUGAUCUUAUUCACAUACUUUAGGAACAUAUAUAUUAUUGUAUUAAUAUCGAACAUCGGAUUCGAUGAUUCUUAUUGCAACAUAUUCUCUCAAAAUUGAUAUACAAACUUUGUGAUGAAAGAUAUAAUGUGGGAAAUUUCACGAGA